AUGCCCCCCCCGCCGCCCGCGCAGCCCAGCACCGAACAGACGGCCAGGUGCACAAGCGCGGCGCGCUCCUUAGGCGCGCCAGGGAAGGGAUACCCCCGGAGGCUCUUGCACGCUCUCGCCCGCGCAGCCCCGCGCCGAGGAGACAGCUGGACGCAAAAACGUGGCGCGGCCAUUUGGACACGCCACGGCCGAAUUCCCAGCACAGUGCGAGCCACAGUACCACCUACGCCCGACCUGAACCUGCGCGCCUUCAGCAUCCCCCCCAAAGGACUGUCAGGGUCUGCUCGUUCGCCUCGCCGGGCCCGCCUGAGGGCACGGCGGGCUCCAACGCCUCACACCAGAGGCAAGCAGGCGCUCUCCUCCUCCCCGGGUAGCUCCCUCGGCUGCUGCUCGCAGAGCCUGUCGGUCCUCUUCGCAGCGCCGGGGUCCUUCCUGGCUUCGCCGCCGACGUCGAUGUAG